AUGAAUUAGGCGACAUGCUGACAGCUUGUGAGGUAGUCGUAUUGACCUUGUUGCCUGCAUAACUUGAAUGGACUUUUGGAGCAGACGACGCGUCCGUUAUAGGGAUGGGAAGAUUAUAUGCUCAAGCCACGAUUAUCUCCUUGGUUCACCCGCGGUUAUGCCACUCGCAUUGCAGAAAAACCUCCAGCGCGCUUUUCAGAUCCAUUGCUGAAUGAUCCAAAUGUUGUUGUCAAAACACUCAAGGACGAGAACUUGACCUUCAUUCACCGACCUCCCCCGACAGCACCUUCACCUUAUUCAACAACUUUAGCUCCUGCUUCUCCAUUGCUCAAGUCUCCAACAACGCCCAAUAAACAUGCACCCAUGCCACCGUUAUUGCGGCCGUCGGCUUAUAAUGCUGCACCAUCACGAAUGUCUGAUAAAGACAUUGAGCAGCUACGAAAGUUGAGACUGUCUAAUCCAGAAAAAUACAGCCGUGCAAAACUUGCAAGACUAUUCAAGUGCACGCCAAACUUUGUAUCCAAAGUUGCUGCCCUUCCGAGGCCCCAACGGAAGGAGUUUGGAAGAAAGAUGGAGGCAGAGCAUGAGACUGUGAGGGAGCAGUGGGGAGAGAAGAAGGCUACGUUUGUUGCUAUCAAGCAGAAACGCCGCGAAUUCUGGUGAGGUACGGAGCGCCCGCCAUGAUGAUAUAUCUUCUUGCGCAUUUAGUGUACCUACAGUCGUGUUAGAGAGUCUAGACGUGUUAUGUUACCCAUGCCAUUGAUCCUAUUGACGCGACAACCCGUUCCGUAAUUUUCCGUCCUUCCCGACUCUUGUCGCAUUUUUCCAAAUCGGGAACAGGACACAUUCAUCGUUCCA